AUGUCAAGUUUAGAAAAAAUUCCAGAGAUCGAUGUCAAUGACAGCGACGAACCUGCUGAAAAGCCGAGAACAGAGACACACACAAAGACAGACAAAGAGAGAGAUCGUGGCCCCCCUACGGAUAGAGAGACUGGCCGGGCCACGGAUAGAGAGAAAGGGGCGGCCUCCAAGAAACCGGGACUCAAGACUGACCCAAACAUGAUGGUGAUGACCGAACACAAGAAGAACAAAAUGGUAGUAGCCGCCAUUGAUUUUGGAACUGCUUACUCAGGUUUUGCCUACUCUUUAAAGCAUGACUUUGAAAUCAAACCUUUGCGUAUCAUGACAAAUCAUUGGACUGUUAAGGGGUCUGGAAGUAUGUCUUUAAAGGCCCCAACAUCCAUCUUAUUGAAUCCCGACCAGAAGUUUCACGCAUUCGGCUACGAUGCUGAUCAACGUUACACAGAACUAGCUCAAAAGGGGCUCAGCAAAGAGUGGUACUACUUUCAGAAGUUCAAAAUGAAACUACAGGGAAAUAUGGAUGUCACCCGGAAGAGAAUGCUGGAGGACAUUGAUGGCAAGCAGAUGCCAGCCAACACAAUUUUCGCCAUGUCCAUAAACUUUCUAAAGAUGGAGAUUCUUAAAUUGAUGGCGAAGCACUCUGGAUAUACCAUUGAGGACGUUCAUUUCAUCAUAACAAUACCCGCGGUCUGGACAGACGCUGCCAAGCAGUUUAUGAGAGAGGCUGCCAUAGAGGCUGGAAUUCCGGGCGAAAACCUCACUCUGGCUUUUGAGUCUGAAGUAGCUGCCGUGUACUGUCGAAUGCUCCCAAAGAAGAGUCUAGUCGGUCUACGAGGACGAGAUCUUUUACAGUCGUUUAACAAAGGAAGGAAAUUCAUGGUUCUUGAUCUAGGAGGUGGCACGUGUGAUGUCUCAGUGAUGGAAGUCGUGAAUGAUGGAAACAUCGAGCACAUUCGUAAAGCAACGGGUGGGGCGUGGGGAGGCGGCAAAGUCAACGAGGAAUUUACUAUAUUUCUCAAUAAGAUUUUUGGCGAAGACGUUGUUAAUCAAUGUUGGGCAGAAAAUCCCUCGGAGUACUUGGAAAUGGUUCGCGCUUUUGAGAUAAAAAAGCGGAAAGUUUCAAAAGAAACAACAGAUGAAGUCCCAUUUAAGAUCCCAGCAGAGCUACGGAUGUUGCUGAAGUUAAAGACUGGGUUUGAAUUGGAGGAGGUGAUUCGCGAGACAAAAUAUAACGGCAAAGUUAUUGUUAAAGGUGACAAAAUUCUGAUAGACCCUAACGUUUUCAGAGAGUUCUUUAAGAAAACCAUCGACAGCAUUAUCAAACACAUGAAGGAGAUCUUCGAUGAAAACUCCGGACGCCAUAUUGCUACAUUAUUAAUGGUGGGGGGUUUCACCGAGUCACCUCUUGUUCGAGAUGCUGUUCGUGAAGCGUUUCCCAACAUGAUGAUCAUCACUCCGAAAGAACCAAGUAUGGCCGUGUUGAAAGGUGCUGUUCUCUAUGGACAAAAUCCCGAGUGUAUUUGCUCAAGGAUCUGUAAAUGUACCUAUGGAAUACGAAUUGCAAGACCGUUCAUAGAUGGCAUCCACAGAGAAGAAUACAAGGUAUUGGUGGACGGGAAAUAUUACUGCAAAAACUUGUUUCAAGUCUUUUUCACAGUUGAUGAGAAAACUAAAAUUGGUCAGACAUUCCGGUAUCCGAUUCAUAAUUCAUAUGAAAGUGAAAUUCGACAGGACUUAAGGAAAGAACCAAAAAUAACGGAAAUUUAUGUUAGUAAUGACGCACAUCCUCUCUACGUCACCGAUUCUAACUGCACAAAACACGGACAGAUCAUCAUGGAACCUCCCGGUGGAAUGUGGCCAGAAAAAUUUACUGGGUACGUGGAGAUGGAGAUCGCGGGAACUGAAAUCGUUGGGAGGUUUGUCAACAAAGAAAAUGGAGAUACAAACAUGAUUUACCUAGAUUUUCUUUCGUAAGCAAUACCACUUGCAGAUUCACUGAAGAAACGUCAGCGGAUUUAGCUACUGACAUAUAAAUUGAAGUUAACAUUGGAAGUGAUAAAUCGUUUUUUGUUUCUUAUUCGUGUCCAUUCAUCUGCUGCAUUUGCAUUGCACGUGGAAAAGCUCUUUGUCACUUAUUAAAAUCGGAAUUUCAAUAUAAAUCAAAUUCGUUUACAAUGUGUUCUGUAUUUAUGCUGAUGUGGUUAAUUUGAUGGUUAGUAAUAUGCUCGUUAAGAAAAACACUUUAAAAAUC